AUGAAUAUCCUUACUGAUGUUCAUUUCAUGUCUGAGCAGACCGUAUGCGGCAUCAGCAUCGAUUACUAUCGACAAGCCGGCCCACGCGCCGGCGUGUCUUGGUGCGUCCGCGUCCGCGCCGAAAUCCUCUGUGCUAUCGGAGCAAACCAAUGCCUCCCGCCCUACGUUAACCACCUAAACUUCCAAGGGCGCUUUAUGCCUAAUGUGCGCGUCGCCUGCAACAUAAUUCACGGCGACGACUUCGCCAGCGUUAUUGGACCGCAGUUUGAUCGCCUGGUAAAGCACUAUGCUAAACGCUGGGUCGUCGUAAACGGCAUUGUGCUCGAGGAUAGAAGUGUCGCUAACGGAUUUUGGUUCAACCAGGAGCUGGUCGAAAGAUGUUUCAACAGUGUCGGCGCCAUCGAGCGCUGGCUGCGGGAUGAUAUGGGAAAACUGGACUGGUGGGAGAAGGUGGCUCGGGUAUCCGGUCUUGAAACCCUUGGCUUUCCGUCUGACCCGGGCCUGAGUCAAACUCCCUCGACUUCGACACGCCCCGCUGUCGUCUCUCCCAUCAUCGCUGCCGAGACUAUCCCAGGAGGAGAGUCCCCGACCACCGCCGCCGCCACCACCGACUACGAUCCUCACGGAGGGAGCGACAGAUGCACCUCUGGUGGUUGAGGCGGCAGCUGUGGAGCACACUCACGAUGACGAUAGCAACAACGGUGACGGUCGCAGUGGCGUGGAUGGCAGGGAUGGCAGGGAU